UAGCAAUAGCAGAGAGACCAGCCAUUGCAGAAGAGCACCACAACCGUAAUGCGACCGAACACUUUGCAUAUGUUUUAGUCCUUUCGCAGACAGACGACUGACAGUAGUGCGAGCCAAGAAAACGAGUGAGACUCCGCCAAUGUAUAAAAUUGACUCGCGUAAAAAAUAGCUAACCAAAUACAUAAAUAUACAAAGCAAAAAAAAAAUAAGUAUGAAAAGAAAUCAUUGCUAGGCUGCCAUAUAAGGUUAAAUAUUCAAAUGAUGUUAUUCCGAAAUAUUAUUACUUAAGCAAAACGCGAAAACGUGACAAUCGAAUAGCAAAAAAUGCUGCAUUUCACAAUUAGAAGUGUGUGAAAAUGUAUUGCGAAGUUGGUAAGAAUUGAGUGCAAGUAGGUAAAAGCCGAGGGAAAUUUUCAAGGACUCGUCGGGACAAUCCACAUACACACGCACGCACACAUGCGAUCUAGUUAGAAAAGGUGACAAGCAGCAGCACCCUAUGUGUUCAAAAUAGUGUUAAAAAACAAGCAAACCAAACAUAUAAACAGAUUUUUAUUUGUGUACAAUUUUCGUGUAUUUGCGUCCACCAGACAUACUACACAGAAGACGGCAGAGCCAGACGAAACGUAAAAGUUGCCAAAACAAAGCAAAGUAAAAGACGAAACAACUGACUAAUUGAAAGCGUGCUGCAGGCGAAAGUAGAAGUCGUGAGUGCAAUUGAUAACAAAUUAUCCGACGGAAAUGCACUUCUGGAUAGACAAACGCUCACAGCAAUGUGGUUUUGGGAGAUCGCGAGUUGCAGCCUCACUCUCCGGUGCCGGCGGAUCCGGUGUGGGUCUCAGUUUUGGCCAUCCACCGCGUCGAAUUAGCGGCGGCAGUGGCAAUAAAGCGAGCAGUAGAAGCAACGUACUGCCAGACUGUCAUCACAGCACUGCCGCCAGCACCAGUCGCAGCCAUCAAUAUCAGCAGCCGCAAUUGCAACACCAUCAUCAACUGCAGCAGCAUCAGCAACAACAGUAUGCCAAUAACAAUAAUAAUUUCAACAGCGGCAACAAUUGUCAACAAUCAAAUACGCACAGCAGCAAUAGUAGCAAUUAUACAGGUAAUAUUAGCACCGCCAAUGCAACAGCCUCAGGCGCCGCAAUGCAAUCGACCACAUCGGCGACGCUUAAUAACAAUCCCCACCAGUACACCUACCAGCAGACGCAUCAGCAUGGCAGCGCUCCAGUGCAGACCCAUCAUGCGUCUGGCAACAACAAUUUAAUGAAUAACAAUAACGCCAGCACAUCUACGUCCACGGCCACGGGCAGCGAUGUACGCGGCACUACACCAGCAACGCAAGAUUUGAACCAACGAGCGGGCGCACUACUACAAAGCACUGCAGACACACCGCACACACCGCUGUAUCAGCAACAUCUCAAUCAAUGCUAUGAUAUGCGCAGCUAUCAUCAUCCUCAGUUCGGCAAUAUGUCCGUGCGACACUAUCAAUAUUCGGGCAGGAAUUGUAAUGUGCCAACGCACGCCAACUCAAAUCCCCCGACACAUGCAUAUCGUAAUGGCAAUAACAGCGGCGCACGAACAAUAGUUGGUCCUACUCAUUCGCAGCACAUGGACCCAAUGGCAUAUCGACAGCAACAUGGUUACAGUCACAUUGCGACAGCGUGCGCUCAGUCGAAUGAGUCUAUAAUGGGCGGAUCCGCGCCCAUUUCCACUAAUACCACGAAUACAGCGAGCUACGCGGUAGCUAACACAGCGCAUCGCUACAGUUCGGCAGCUUUAAAUAUGCGCACCAGCAACAUGACGGUAGAUGCGAACGGUGGAGACGCUCAGCUGCUACCUUCACACCUUAAAUGUGGCAUGUGUGCGUCGUUAGUGCUGGCCUCCGUCUUUGUGGCGGGCGCAAAAUUUUAUUUCGACCAUCAGGGUACCGGUUUGGAAGUGUUGAUAUUUUGUGCUUUCUCUGCAACUUUCUUCUUGGCCGCCUGUACCGUUUCACUGUGUCGUGUACCAAAAGGACUAUUGCCAAGCGGGCGCAAUGCAGUGUUGGGCGCGCAACAGCAUGCUGAUGCCGAAAGCGCUAUACAUUAUACGCGUCCACCGUACGGUAGACGUGAUAUCGUGAAUGCUGAUGGUAGUAGUGAAUUAGUUGGUUCGGAUGAUAUACAUGGCGCACCUUUGUGUGGCCAGUUGCAAUUGAUUGAGGAUUCGGCAAGCGCCGGUCCACCACCAUAUCAUAUAGCAAUAUACUUUCCAGAGACAGAGAGCAAUGGAAAGGGCAAAGACGCACCGAUAGAUGACGAAUCACCGCCGCCGUCCUAUGAUAAAAUACUUAUCUAAAUCUAUACAAUGCAUAGUAAUAAUGGGAAUGUAGUAGAGAGGUACAUGUGUUUACGGCCAAAAAACAUAAUCAGCAUUAUUGUUGCAUAAGUAAAAUACGCAACCUCAUUUUCUCAUAUAAAAAUCGUAAACAAUUCACAAUAACAUGUCUUACUUCUGAUUAGCAGUUCGACGAACACGAUUUUACAAAUUGAUUAUACAGGGUUUGCCCGGAAGGUAAUAGGACUGGUUUUCUUCCGCCGCGACUGUACUUCGCAGCGUGCGCGCACAUACUGGAUUCUGUAGAAGGCGUUUCUAGCUAACGAACAGGCGGCUGGUCAGUUGUUUCCGAGCACCUGGAGAGUCAGGACACCCAUUUUCGCGCGACGUGUUUCUGUGAGUGUUGCAAGCCGAAAAUGCAGCGUUCGUUAGAGCAGAGGUACGCGAUCAAAUUCUAUGUGAAACUCGGUAAAUCGGCUUCAGAUACGUUUAAUAUGAUCAAGCAGGCUUACCCAGAUGUUGCUUUAGCAAGAAGUGGUGUGGUGGCACCAGGCCUUUUUGGAGGGCCAGAAAGAGGUCGCUGAUUUAGACCGGAAGAAUGAGUAAAUCCAAAGUGAAAACCAUGUUCAUUGUCUUUUUGACAUCAAAGGCAUCGUCCAUCAUGAAUUUGUUCCUCCUGGGCAAACCGCCACGCCAAGUUUUACGUGGAAGUCCUCAAGAGAGAUGCGACCCAGAACGCCCCCUCCGGACUUUUUUUGUUUCCAUGCCUGAAAAGGCCGAUGAAAGGGGAUCAAAGCAGCAUGCACCUUGGCUCUCAAGGCUAUUCCGGAGAAUGUUUCCGUGACGCCUUCAAUGCUUGGAAAUCGCGCUGGAGCGACAGCGCAGAAGGACCCUAUUUUUAAAGUUUUUAAAGAAUUGUAACGAUUGGUUUAAUAAAUUUUUUAAAUCGACUCAGUCCUUUUACAUUCCGGAGAAACCCUGUAUUUUAUAAAAGGUAUCGAUGAGUUUUAAAAGUUAAAAUUUUCGUGUCAUAACACUAUCAUUAUUUUUAUGAAAUUACAGUUAUUAAUGCGUGCCAUACCUCUUCUUCAUAGACAUAACAUUUCAUAUAAACAUCUCAUACAUAUUUCUAAGCCGGUUAAUCUGCUUCGCGUCAUCUCUCUCUAACUACAAACUCUCUAAAAUCUACAUAUUUUAUGUAUGCUCAAUAUAAUAUUUUUAUAUACACUUUUUUAUUCAAACUAAACGUCUACACAAUAAUCUAUAAUAAUAUACAUAAAUAUAUAUACAUAUACGAAUGCUCACGUAGUGUAAAUAAUGCAUAAGUUCACAUACAUACAUAUAUCAAUCUAUUCAAAAUAAAAAUUUUAUUAAACAUUAUUAGUAAAGUGAUGAGUUUCUGGAAGGAAUUAUGUACUUCUGUACAUAUUAUAAGCUCAAAGCUGAAUUUAAUUCAAUUAUCAGAUAUACAAAAAUUUAUGGAUUGAAUCCUUCGAAAUAUUUUUAUCAAUUGCAAUAUCUGUGUAGAUAUGUAUGUAUGUACAUACAUGUAUAUACAAAAUAAUGCUUAAAGGGGAUAUCUUGGUGGAAAUCUCUGUCUUCAUGAAAUUGAUAUUUGCCAAAUUUAUAAAAAUCAUGAAAUAUUACAAGCAAGAAAUUAACUAGAAUUUCUAUUUAGAGAUUAAUUAUGUUCGUAAGCAUAGCUUUAAGUAAGAUGUUGGAAAACGUCAUAUGAAUACUGCGAUUGAAAAUUUUCUAUAAUUUAAAAAAAAGACCUGUCAUUUGGUUCUGUGAUAUGAUAUUUACGAGUAAAACAAAUAAUACAGUAAAACCUAACCCAAAUAAACAUUGAUAUAUCCAAUAAACAUACAUACAUACUAAUAUGUAUGUAUGUAUAAUAAAUACACACUAUUGAUACAAAAUAUUAUACAAGCAUACUAUAAUAAGCCAAACUUAGCUGUAUACCUAAUUGUACUAUUCAGUUCUUAAACGUAAAAAAGACGAGCGCACAGUAAAUAACACUCAUACGAGUAUAUGUGUAAUUUCUAGCUUAUAAUAUAGUGAACAUAAGAAUUCAACUUGAAAAAGUUUGUUUGAGAUUAAAUUAUGUUAAAGAGCAAGUAAAUAUAUACGAGUAUGCAUUUGAUUGCGCAUACAUGCAUGCGUAAAUAUAGGUUAGUAAGUAUAUUAUAUACAUAUAUAAUUACAUAAUUUAUGAUAUUUAAGAAUGCAUGAGAGUGAAAAUGUUUUAGAAAUGAGUUAUUAAUGAAUGACUUCUAUGAAGGGUCAAUAACCGAAAGUUUUAAUUAUAAAUUCAACAAUAAAAUACCUAAACAACAAACAAAA